CCUACCUAGGGUACUGACUAGGUUAGGUACAUAGUAGUUAUUAGUUAAUUAAUUAUUCGACAAUUUCUCGAUGAUAAUUUCAAUUUACAACAAAAAACUUCUAUUUUUGAUUUAUUAGCCUUUAACUUUCUCUCUUUCUGCAUCAUUUGACUGCGCCAUGCUUUGAAAACCUUCAGGGGAACCCUCGCGCCGGAUACGAACCCCCCACAAUAACCUACUACAUAGUAGGUUGACAGGUACCGACACUGGAGCUUCCCCCUUAUAAAAUACAUGCACAUAGCUCAUCGUAGCUCCGACCUGUAACUUCGCGAAAUCGCAACCACCAAUCAGGAACACAGUCAGCCAACAGUUUUCUUCGUCGCCAGGACUGACAAGAGAGUUAAUAUUUCUUUUCCCGGCCAAUCCGGGGAGGGGGUAAACCUUUUUUACCUAAGCUUUUCUUAUCCUUCUCUUUCCUCUUCCUUCUUUCCUACCCUGAACUACCGAAUCCGUACAAGCUUCGCCCGCCAAUACCAAUGAAGCCGAUAAGAUGCUACUACGUCCAUCGUCAUCCUUACUGACUCUCGUCGCCUUCGCCAUCUGCUUGUUAUGCGGGCCCGCCGAAGCCUCUACCGGCGACAGACUGCCCGAGUUUCGGCAAUGUGUUAAUGUUUGCAUCCGCGAGAACUGCGAUCCGAAUAACGACCCAACCCCCAUUCCCCUCCACCACCGCCUUCUCCUCUGGACCUGCCCGCAAGAAUGCGACUACACCUGCCAGCACAUCGUGACGCAGCGGCGCGUCGCCGCCGGGCUGCCCGUGACGCAGUUCCACGGCAAGUGGCCCUUCAAGCGCUUUCUCGGGAUGCAGGAGCCCUUCUCGGUGCUCUUCAGCAUCGGCAACCUCGUCGCGCACUCGCGCGGCCUCGCCAAGCUGCGCCAGUCCAUCCCCGCUAGCUACCCGCUCCGCCGCUACUACGAGCUGUUCGCCUACCUCAGCAUCGCCACCUGGGUCUGCAGCGCCGUCUUCCACACGCGCGACUUCAAGACGACCGAGCAGCUCGACUACUUCGCCGCCGGCGCCGGCGUCCUCUACGGCAUGUACUACGCGCCCAUCCGCGUCUUCCGCCUCGACCGCCCCACCCCGCGCCGCCGCUCCUUCGUCCGCCUCUGGUCCGUCCUCUGCGCCUCCAUGUACGUCGCCCACGUCGCCUACCUCAAGCUCUGGCGCUGGAACUACACCUACAACAUGGCCGCCAACGUCGUCGUCGGCCUCGUCCAGAACUCCCUCUGGAGCUACUUCUCCCUCCGCAAGUGGUCCCGCAGCCGCCGCACCUGGACCAUCUGGCCCGGCAUCGUCGUCGCCUGGCUCAUGUCCGCCAUGAGCCUCGAGCUGCUCGACUUCCCGCCCCUCUGGGGUGCUAUCGACGCCCAUAGCCUAUGGCACUUGGGCACCAUCGGGCCCAUCAUUUUGUGGUACAAUUUCCUGGUUAAGGAUGCUCAGGACGAUCUAGCGACUAUAGCCAAAACAAAGGAUUUCAAGGCUUGAAAGGUUCGCUAAAAAAAAAAACCGAAAGGAAAAGUUUGGCUAGGAAGUGAGGCAGCUACAUUCGUUGUAUAUCAAGUGUGGUUAUAGCCCAAGGGCGUCAAAAUGCAUUUCAUUGUAAUGGGACUCGUCUUCUGGCGGCAUAGAAAAAGGAUAUCAUCCAUCAUAGAGAGGGAGGAGUUGAAAGGCACUGGUUUGAUCUUCACUGAGAUUCAUCAUUGACUAUCUAAUAUUGUAUAUAAUUUUAUGAUAAAUGACCG